AUGAAAAUCAAACAAGGGCCCGGCGUAGCAACUGACUCUUUCACUCAAGCCUACGCUGAUGAUCAGAGAACAGUUGAAUCAAGGGUGCUGUUGCAAUCGAGGAGUACAGAACCAACAGCUCCACAGUAUGGAAUACAAAUAGCGUUAUGGACCUCCCUGGAGUUUAUUUUAUCGCAGGUCCCGGACCAAUACCUGCUUGCACAUAACGUCAUUUAUGCUUGGGCCAAGCAUCUGAUUUGUACCAUGUCAAGAAAUUCGAGAAAAAUCUGGCCUCCAGUUGUUGCAGCGACAAUAGUUGCUGGACUGGUAAUAGGAGGUGCUUGGGCGUUCAAGAGAAUUAGCCUUGGGCUUUUCGAAGAACCUGCGAAAACAUCCAAAGCUUGCAAGGGCAACGAUCAAUCUGUGUCACUGGUUCUCACUCAAAAGGAUCUUGACUCUUUCAGUGCGUCGUAUCUGAAUGAUUAUCCAAACCUGACUGUCGUUCUUCAUCCCUCUGUUGAUAAAUCAGAAUUUUUAAAUCGGUUCACUGUGCAAAGACAUUCACACAAAGUCAUCCAAGUUCGGUCAGAGGAAAGUAUUUUCCAUGUUCUGAAACAACUGAACUCCAGAAUAAACCUCGUAACAAUGAGGAACCUGGAAAUGUCUGCAAAAGAAGUCGAAGGAUUUCAUUUAGAUAAGUUUCUGACUAACAUUGAUGAGGUGGAUAGUAUAAAUAAAUAUGUAUAG